CAUAAACGAGGAAGAAAGAUGUCAAUGUUAGGUUCAUGCUUGUAUUGUCAACUUUACGUAACCUUCUUUUCAAGAAUGAAAUUAUCGGAAGAAACAAAAUGAACGUUUUAACAAUUGCCAAACAUGUUAUCUUGUAGUAUACUGAUAUUAGCAAUUGCUCCAGUAAUAUGGGCCUUGGAUAAUGGCCUAGGGAAAACACCUCCUAUGGGAUGGAACUCAUGGAAUCGUUAUACCUGUGAUAUUAACGAAACUGUUAUCCUAAACAAUGCGGAGGCUAUGAAGGAGCUUGGUUUGUUGAAAUUGGGUUAUAACUAUGUUAUCAUGGAUGAUUGCUGGUCGAAACGACAGCGAGAUCCAAAGACAGGAAGAAUCGUCCCUGAUCCCGAGAAAUUUCCUAACGGGAUUGAGAAUAUGAUUGAAAAAAUUCACAACAUGGGGUUCAACUUCGGUAUGUACUCUAGUGCUGGUAAGUACACAUGUGCUGGAUACCCUGGAUCGUUGGGCCAUGAAGAGAUUGAUGCCAAGAUGUUUGCCGAAUGGAAAAUCGAUUACUUGAAAUACGAUAAUUGUUUCAAUCAAGGACGUAGUGGCUCUCCUUUGAUAAGUUAUCAGCGGUACGAAGCAAUGUCUGAUGCUCUUAACAAAACGGGUCACCCCAUCUUCUAUGCUCUUUGUCAAUGGGGAGAAGAUCAAGUAUGGAAUUGGGCCAGUACAAUUGCAAAUUCUUGGAGAGUGACAGGAGACAUUUAUGAUAAUUUCAAUAGAUACGACAUUCGCUGCCCAUGCGAAACAUAUGACUGCCCCAGCUUACAGGGAUACCACUGCUCUAUUAUGAACAUUGUCAACAAAGCAACGCCUCUGGUACAAAAAGCUGGACCCAACAGCGGAUGGGGUGAUAUGGAUAUGUUGGAAGUUGGAAAUGGGGGCAUGUCUUUUGAUGAAUACAUAACUCACUUCACCAUGUGGGCCAUUUUAAAAUCUCCGAUGAUUCUUGGUAAUGAUGUUAGCAGUAUGAGUCGUGAGCAUUUGGCAAUUGUGAGCAAUCCAGAUGUGAUCGCUGUCAACCAGGACGUUGGUUCUGCUCCUGCCAACAGAAUGUGGAAAAAGCACUUCGUCGACGGUUUUGUGCAUCUCUUCUCUGGAUCCCUCUCGAAUGGGGACUGGGUUGUGGCUGUUGUCAAUGAAGCUACUGAACCACUGCUAGAAAUGAACAUUGCCUUUUCUGACAUUUUUACUGAUAACCAUGACAACGAAAAGUAUACAUGGGUUGCUAAAGACCUAUGGACGAAAGAGACGACAACUGCGGCUCGAUAUUUGACAGCUAACGUUGUACCUCAUGGCACUCAAGUAUGGCGUCUCCAGAAAUCUAUGCAUCUCUCACAUAACAAAAACUAUUGGGUAAGCCUCGAUAACGCAGAAUAUGAGUGAUUUUAGCAGUUAUAAUUUACUUAUGAUGUUUGGAUUGUAAAAAUUUGAAUACAUAAUUGAAAUUAUCUCAUUUAGUAGUGCUUGAAAGUGGUAAUAGUCAUAACAAAGCACAAUUAACCACUGUAAAUUUACGUUUUUGAAACAUGGUUUUCGGUCGAUUUAUUGCUUAAGAAGUUCCUCUCGUUCCCGCAAGGCAGUAGAAACAGCAGGACGCUCAAUAAGACGCUUGUGCCACUCAUGCGUCUUGGGAAACUCCUUUUCGAAAUCCAGCUGAGGAAGCUCUUCCUUAAAUUCGUUCUUUCCUGGGCCAAAAAUUGCUGGUAGUAAAUCGUUCCAGGUUACAAAAGACAAAUCAGCAAUCGUACACUUAUUAGCAACAAGAUAGUCUCUGUCUAAAAGAAUUGUUUCUAAAACACCGAGAACACGCUUGGUUUCAUUCCUGUAUCUAGUAAUCGCCGACGUAACAGGCUCUGGAUGAUAAAAGUUAAACCAGGAUGCUUGUCCCCAAAUGACACCUUGACCUGAAGACUGGAAAAACAGAUACUGAAGCAAAUGAUGGUAUUCUGGAUGAUCAUGAGGCAAGGAAAUCUUUCUUUCCUUGUCGUAUCUGUCUGUCAAGUAGGCCAAAAUAGCAUCGGACUCCCAAAUCGCAAUGUCGUUAUUUUUGUGAUCGACUAAUGUAGGAACUCUUCCAUUAGGAUUGUAAGCAAGGUGUUCUUUGCACUUUUGCUCCUUUUUUCCAAAAUCGUAAUACACUGGUUCAUAAGAGAGAUUUAACUCUUUCAAAGUAAGAGCUACUUUCCAA